AUGGCAACAUUUACCAGUGACGCAAAUACGCCUGUGUGGCCAGCAGAAGAUGGAGAACACUACUUUCGUGAUCUUGUCAUCCACCCAAUCCGUCAAAAAGGUCCCACUUGUGUGUCCACUUGUCUGGCCAUGCUCACUGGCAAGAGACCCGAAGAUUUUCAAGGCAACAUAAAUACGCAAGAUCCUGUUUCCUGGUCGGCUGCUCUGAAGCCAUAUGGAAUGAAAUUGGCUUAUUGUCCUCAUGAUGCGCGCAAAAUGAAGUUUUACAUCGAAGAACUGAUCGCCUUAGAUGACUUAUUCGCCCUCAGCUUCUAUACUACACCAGAUUCAGAGGAUAUUCUAGCCGAUCCAAAUAGUGAUGGCUUUGUUACUCAAUCGCAUUUUAUAUUACUACAUCGGGACAAGAUCUAUGAUUCAAAUCGUUAUAGAUGCGAACCAGCACGUACCCAUCGCUGUGUUGACUAUCAUACCAAGCGCAUUUUUCGAGUUUUACCUGUUACACAUGCUCGUGGUCUUUGA